ACACAUAACACACGCAUUACGGAUAGAAUUUAAAUUUAAGAAAUGUUUUUUUUUAACGCAAACAAGUUUAUUAGUUUAUUUAAAAAAUGAUUGAGUGGAAAAUGAAGUGGUUGGCGAGAUUUACUCUAGUCAUAAGCAUUUGUGUCUUGGUAUUUUUGUUUUAUGAAGCUGACUUAUUCCCCACUGGAAAUGUUUCAAAAGUGGCUAUACUAAAUGAUAAAAAUGGGCACAAUUGCAUCAUGGUCGCUUUCUCCAUUCAACUGAAUGUAUCUUAUCCUACGACGAAUGGACAACAAAAGUACGGCCGCUACGAACUCCGUGAUAAUACAACAACUAUCAAUCAAGUCAACGGCAUGUGUUGUGAUGGCAAAAGUGAACAAUAUAUUCUGAUUCAUUGGAUGGAAACAGGGAGCCACGACUUAAUGAAUUUGACAUUUCAUCGAAAUGAAAAAUCACGCGGCUAUUCUCUAAAUCGAAUAGAUUUUAAUUUAUCCGCCAAACUCUUAGCAAAUGGUACCGAUGAAAUGCUGACAUUCCAUUAUACCGGUGAUAUUUUUCAAGUACCAUUGGGAAUGUCAUAUCACUGCUCUAGAGAGGACACAUUCGAAUUAAAAUCAAGUGAACAUACAAAUGAUUCGGUCGGGACGUUUCAUUUCUCGCAAAUUAUGGCAGAGGCAUAUCGCACAACGACCAAUACAUUUUUCUCAACUGCUAUCGAUUGUUCGUUUUCCAGAAAGCAACACGGCAUCUUCAUUGCGCUUGGAAUUGCAAUCAUAUUAUUUGUGCUUUUUUGGAAUACUACAUUCGGCAUCGAGGCGAAUCGACCACUUAAUACAAACACAUGUCAUAGUCAAAUAAAUUUGAACUUUAAAUGCUUCACAAUGUUUAAAAAUCGUCUCAUUGGAUUUAACGGACUUUUGAAUCGAAUGAGUUCCACUUGGGACAUAUAAAUGUUGUGGAACAGUUCAGUGGAUGAUUAGCAUUGGAGCGCCCUCUGCGUUGUACAAUGUAUCAAUUGACAGAUAAUUAAAUGCAUUGAAUUGCGUUGUAAAAAUCAA